UCGUGGUGUUUGUUCAGUUUGUUCACUUUGGGUUUUUAAUCUUUUCUUUUUGUUUUUUUCCGGGCGGAUUUUUGUGUUUCAGUCCGUGAAAAGCGUGGGGCCGUGUGUCUGCGCUGCUCCCGGGUCCCUCCCCGUGUGUCUGGGCUGUUUUUUGGUCUGUUUUUGGUCUGUUUUUGGGGUUUUUAUGAUGAAGUUCUCGUCCCGGCUCAGACCGCGCCGGUGGGUCGAGUGGACCGGGAGGCCGCUCGGGUUCGACCGCAAACUCCGGACGCACGAAUACGGGGGUCUGUCGAUCCGGGUGGAGGGUCUCCCCAGGGUCACGCACGUCUCCGUGGGGCAGCACAUUCUGAUCGAAGGACACGAUGAGGACCAUCCGUACGUGGCCAAAGUCCUCAAGCUCCUGGAAGACGAGGUCGGGAGGGAGAAGAAGGUCCUGGUGCAGUGGUUCGUGCGCGUGUCUGAGAUUCCUCUGAACAAACUGAAGCUGCUGGGACGAGAGCCGCACCCCAACGAGGUCUUUUAUUAUGAAGGAACCAACUGUGACAACGAGGUCAGCGCCGAGUCCAUCCUGAGACUCGCCAAGGUGGUGCAGGUGCAAGGCUCCGCCCCCUUCCCCGCGGGCGCCGCAGACGCAGACACGUUCUUCGUGAAGUUGUCGUGGACGUCUCGUUCUUUCAGAGUGUUGUCUGAGGCGGAGCGCUCUCCCUCUCCCCGAGCCGCCUCCCUGCCCCCCUCCCCCCUCCCUCCGUCCUCUCUGCGCACGCCCCCUGGCUCCGCCCUCUGCUCCCCCGACUCCGCCUCCUCCUCUCCGGCCCCUCCCUCCUCUCCCAACGGCCCCGCCCCCCCGGCGCGGCGCCGUCUGCCCACGCCGGACCCCAAUGUGCUGAAGAGGGCGUCGUCCGGCGUGACCGCGAGCGCCGCCAAACGCCGCGCUCAGGAGGCGGAGUCGCUGCACUCGGCCAAUAAGAUGUCUGCGUCCAAGAGUUUGAGCGCCAGGAGGCGGAGCUCUGCGGCGAGGACGCCCGGCGUGCGCAAGAAGCUCCAACUGUUUGCUCCAGAGGACGGGCGUCUGGAGUCUGAGCUGGAUGAGCUUUUGGCCGAGGACCUUCAGACUGAGGGAGUCCAGACUCUGUCCCCACCACGACCUGUGACCCCUGUGACCUCUGUGACCCCACGGCGCCGCCCCGCCCCCCUGGAGGAAGAGGAGGAGGAGGAGGAGGAGAUGAAGAUGAAGUUGCCCUGUGUGAAGGUCAAACGCAUGUCUCUGCCCCACGAUGAGUCGCCCUCCUCCACCAGGCGAGGGUCGGAGCACAGUCCGGAGCAGGCGGACUCUGAGGAGGCGGAGUUACCUCAGUCCGUGAAGACUCCGAGUAAACACACGCCCGGGAGGAGCGGCGCCCCCCGCGGGCAGGUCAGAACGACGACUCCAUCCAGAAAACGAGACGCAAAAACUCUGAAGGAACCUGCGCUCGCCGUCCUGCCUGAGGUGGAUAAUGAGAAUUCUCCGAUGUUUCCCGUCGCUCCUCGAAGCUCCAAGAGGAAAUCUGCCCAAAGAGUGUCCUCCAGAAUCAAGACGCAGAUGAUGACGUUGGAUCUGGAGUCAGACUCGGGGGAGGAGUUUGUCCCUCAGGAGGAGGAGCAGAGCGAUGAAGAGGAGGAGGAGGAGGAGGAGAUGAGGAGAGGACGAAGAGGAAACGUCACGACUCCUCGAUCUGCUGUGAGAACCUGCUCCAGGACGCCCCGAAAAACCCCCCGCAAGGUGACCCCGAGCACGCCCAAAACUCCACGUCACGCCACGCCCAGUAUCCCCGCCAGGAGCGCACCUGCCAAGACACCUGCCAACGCUCUGGAAGAGGCACGAGCAAGGUUGCACGUGUCGUCUGUCCCUGAGUCUCUUCCGUGUCGGGAGCAGGAGUUUCAGGACAUUUACACUUUUGUGGAAAGUAAAAUCCUGGACGGAACUGGAGGGUGCAUGUACAUCUCGGGGGUUCCAGGGACGGGGAAAACGGCCACGGUCCACGAGGUUCUGAGGAGUCUGCAGAACGCCGCCGACAACGGAGAAAUCCCCACGUUCACCUUCAUCGAGAUCAACGGCAUGAAGAUGACCGACCCCCACCAGGCCUACGUCCAGAUCCUACAGCUCCUGUCGGGUCAGAAGGCCACGUCAGAUCACGCUGCGUCCUUAUUGGAGAAGAGGUUCAGUAGCCCCGCCCCCAGGAAGGAAACCACCGUGCUAUUGGUCGAUGAGCUGGACCUCCUGUGGACGAGGAAACAGAACGUGCUCUAUAACCUUUUUGAUUGGCCGACGCGGCGUCACGCUCGCCUCGUGGUCCUGACCAUCGCCAACACCAUGGACCUGCCCGAGAGAGUCCUGCUCAACCGGGUCUCCUCCAGACUCGGUCUGACCCGGUUGUCCUUUCAGCCGUACAGUUUCAAACAGCUUCAGCAGAUCAUCAGCUCCAGACUCCACAGGAUCAGAGCCUUCGAGGAGGACGCCCUGCAGCUGGUCUCCAGGAAGGUGGCGGCGCUCUCUGGAGACGCUCGUCGUUGUCUGGACAUUUGUCGUCGGGCGACUGAGAUCUGUGAGCUGCGAGGGGGCGGAGCCGGCGGCCGAUUGGUGGAGAUCAGUGACGUGAUGGAGGCGCUGGGCGAGAUGUUCUCCUCAGCCUACGUCAACGCCAUCAGGUCGGCGUCUGUUCAGGAGCAGAUGUUCCUCAGGUCGAUCAUCGCUGAGUUCAGACGUUUGGGUUUAGAGGAAGCGACGUUUCAACAGGUGUUUGUCCAGCAGGUGGCGCUGUGUCGUGUGGAGGGUUUGGCUCCGCCCCUCGUGUCUGAGUCUCUGUCUGUGUGUUUACGUCUCGGGGCGUCGAGGCUCCUCCUCCUCGACGACGCACGAACCGACCUGCAGCUCCGAGUCCGACUCAACGUGAGCCAAGACGACGUCCUGUACGCACUCAAGACCGACUGAGACCGAGACCAGGACCGAGGACCGAGACCAGGACCGAGACCAGGACCGAGACCAGGACCGAGACCAGGACCGAGACCAGGACCACGCACAAACCGACCUGCAGCUCCGAGUCCGACUCAACAUGAGCCAAGACGACGUCCUGUACGCACUCAAGACCGACUGAGACCAGGA